UGUCCAAUCUUUCGCGCCAAAUAUUUACCUGAAACCGCGAAUUGUGGUGUCAAUUUAAUUUCCAUGCAUCUCUAUUUUCUUUGUACUAAUUUUGUGUGAUUUAUUUUAAUAUUUGUAUCAAUUUUUUAACAAUAUUAUUUAAAAAUGGAUGCAGGGCUUAGUAAAGCAUUUUCGGGAGUAUAUAAUUCCUCGAAAGAAAUUAUUAAAAAUAACCAAAGGCAUUUGUUUUGCAACAUGCUUGAUUUGCUGGCAAGGACAACUAAAACCACAGGUGACAAGUACUGGAAUACUGAUGAAUUCAUUCUAUUUUGGACAACCGAUAUUCUGCCCUUAAUCUUUGAUGAAGAUAAAGAAAUUCAGAAAAGUGCUAUCGCAGCAAUGGAAACUGUUGUUCGUUGUGGCUUUGAUUUCAAAAUUCUGCAUAGCUUGCCCGGAUGGAACGCCCUGAAAACUAAAAUAGUGCAGAGUUAUUCUAAGGAAAUUCCCAAAUACCGUGAAGUAUCAAACUCUUGCUGGUAUAAAAUUUGGUGCUUGUUAAUCCGGAUCCUUGAUAAGGAAAUUGUGAAAGGCGCUUCUACUAUAAAUGCGUUUUUAUCUAUAGUUGAGCUGGGCUUUCGGAGUCCAGACUACAAUGUUCGCACAGAGGCAUUCUAUUGCUGGAAGGUUUUAAUUGAAAUCUUUGCCAACAAUGGUGAACUAUGUUCCCCCAAACGAAUUCGCCUCCUCUACAUACCUCUUAAAUCUUCUCAAUCUAAAACACCCCAAGCCGCUAUUGUCAAACUUAGAGUAUGGUGGUUUUUGAUUUGUAAGUUGGGAACCCAUAUCGAGCAGUACGUCGACACGAUUCUGGAGACGUUUUUGGCGUUUUGCUACAAUUCUCUUGUAAAGGGAGGUUGCGGCAGUAUAGAAUUCAAAGAAAUGUCAGUUCUUACCUUAAUAUCAAUGCUAGGCGGUUCCAAGCCUAAAAUUAUUGCCAAAAAAAUGGAGAAUUUUGAACUUAACACCAUGACGGAGAAGAACAUUAAUGUGAGCAUAAUGAAAAAAUUCUGGAAGUCAAUUAUAAACUACUCUGUAGAAGGCUUGAAAGACUGCAAUUUAGUUCAAGUGUCAGGCAGUGAAUUUUCGGAACUAAUUUUGGCCAACCUAUUAUUGAAUGUAAUUUCCAUUGAAAAUACAGAAGCGGUAUCUUUUCUUUUUGACAAACUCCAAGAUUGGAAAGACAAAAGUGUAUCAGAAAACAUGCAAAAGAUUGUUGCAAGAGAACAAUUCUCGUCUUGUGUUGGUGCUAUUGAAAAUAAUAACUUUCUCGGAACUUGGCUUGCUGCAGUCUGUAAAAUCAUAAUAACUGACGAUACUCAAAUGCAAGCUGUUGAUGAAAUCAUUAAAUCAAUCUUUCUUCUCAGCACUGAUCGAUUUAGGCAUGUCUUGGAUGUGUUCAUUUCUGACACAAUUGCAAACUCUGCACGAUCUCUGAAAAGUGUUCUGGUAACAUGGAAGUUGGUAACUAAAAGCCUACUCAAGCAAUUUAGCCGGUCGCAUCAAAGCAGUUGUGAUGCUGAUAUGAAUAUAAUAAACGUAUGGAUAGUUUGGCCUCUGAAGGCGUACGCUGAAAAUCAGAACUCCACAAAGGAGAAAAUCUUCGAUGAUCAGUUCGAGGCACAACUACACAUGACCAUUGAAAGACUAAAUGUUGCUAUUAAUAAAACGGCAUUCCUAAAAGAAACGUCAGCACUUUUACAAAAAAUGUAUAACCUGAAUGCCAUAUAUUCCGAUCUGAACGCUUAUUUCGCUUGCUUCAUACGAAUUCUUGUAUCCGCUGCAUCAAGUGCUGAGUAUGACGAAGAAUUGAUAUCGGGCAUUUUUAAUAUUCUUAAAAUAAAUCUGGCAAGAGAUUUCAAUAAGGGCAACUUUGAGCUGUGUAUGAAAUGCUUGAAAGGUCUCGUUACUUAUUUGGGAGAAAAUGGACUGCAAAAGCAUUUUGCUGACAUCAAAGAUGUGUGGUCGCACGUUAUCAACAAAAAACGAAGUAACUUCAUCGAAAAGACAUUCUUUGAUGAUUACAAGAAGCAAUUAUUAGAUGAUACAAGAAAAGUCGCUUCGAAAACUCUGUACAACAAAAUAAAAAAUUAUUUGGAUAAUGAUGACUUAUUUGUAAUUAUUCCCGCGGUUUGGAGUCUUAAUCCAGACAAGCUGACGGAGCGUCAGAAGGAGAAAUUUUAUGAGAAAUCAGACAUACCUGCGCUGUACAAUGACAUGAGCCAAUCGCAAGAUGCCUUUAUAAAACCAUGGACACCGAAAAAACUUGUCAUUGCUAAAGGAACUGAUGAUGAAAUUGUUAUAGGAGAAACAGCAAAUGAAGAUGAGCCUAGAGCUUUACUCGAAGAUGACCAUAAAGCCUCAUUUGAAGAUCACCAUAAAGCUCUUACUGAAGAUGUCCAAAAAGACCUACCUGCAGAAGACCACAAAAUUUUUUCGCCACCAUUUGAUUCUAACAAAACUAAAAAGAUAAAACCAACUUCACCAAAGAAACUGAUUCAGCCUAAAGAAGAGAAUAUAGUCACAUUCAGCAAAGCAAAGCCAGUCGUAGAAGUCAAAACGCCGGAGAAACCCCUGGCCAAAACAAAAGUACUAGACGACGUUAAUGGGAUCCCUAACGUUCGGUUGACAAGAGGCAAAUUGUCUUCAAUUGAGACCGCAGAAGAAGUUGAAAAUAGUGGACAUUUAGAAGACUAUGUUGAACAGGUAGAAGCGAUUAUACUUAAAGAUACAUCCUCUCCUCCUGAUCGCAAGCAGACCAAUAACAGUACAAGCCCAGUGUUGAAGCCCAAAACAACCCACCUAACAGGCAGAGGAGCACAGCUCAUUAAUAUGAUAAGGAAUAAAAAACAUGAGAGUUAUAGUUCAAAGCAAAUGGAAACAAGUACUCCUGUGACCAAAAUGGAAAGAAUUGAUAGUUCCCUCAACUGGACACCUGGAGAUAAUGACUCCAAAGCGAGUCCAAUGAAUUUAUUAGUCUUCUCAAAAACUUUACCAUCGCCUUGUGCGAGUCCCUCCGCAAGUAUCUUGAAAAGAAAAUAUCAAAAUGAUAGCAUGGAUGACAUUUAUGAUUCGCAAGCUUUCAAACGAAAACGUGUAAGCUUUCAUGACCCUCCAGUGUCGAUAACAAAGGAAUAUCUCAAAGAUGACGAAAACAAGAAUAAUUCAAAACGGUGCUUAUUAUUGGAUCAAGAACAAAGGAGUACAACAAAACACAUGCUAAGGAGGAGUACUAAAAUGGAAAACCAAAUUCAAAUUGAUAAUGUCACUGAUAUUUCCGGAUUGAAUUCUACGCCUCUCUCAGCAAAAAAAGUCAAAUGUAGCUUAAUAAAGUGCGAAGAAAAUAGUAAAAAAGAUAGUGCAGAGUUAAACGAAUCGGGUGGAGACAGAGCUUCAUUCCCCUUUUUGUUUCGCACUGAAACAGACGUUCUUAAUUACGUUUUAAAACAAUUUAGCAUGGAAGACAUAUGUGAGAAAUAUUUAUCUGAUGAACAGUCGGAUAAAGCCGGAUUAAAUUUCAGCAGAUUCAUAUCGAAUUAUAUGAAUGUGAGCCCUAAGUUUAAAUCAACAAUAUUAGAAACGCUUUCGGAAAAACAUCCGAAAGAAUUUCUUGACUAUGCAAUCCAAGAGAAUUUAUCCUCCGUUGUUUGCGACCGCCUGAACUCGAAUACAAUAAUUGAUUAUAUCUGCAGUAAAUCACAAACAAAUAUAUCGUGUCGAACAAGGCUAUUCCAAGAGAUACAAGAAAUCCUGAAUCAUGACAAAUUUAAUGACGAAAAAUGUGAAUUCAUACAAAAAGCAAUUACAUCAAAAAGUAUGUCCGACCAACAGUUGCUGAAUUUGAUCGAAUUAAUGUUUGAAAGUAAACGUAAACAUCAGAGAGCGGUCUCGGAAUCAGCAAUUGAUUCCUCUUCUACUUUAUAAUUAAAUGUUUAAAAAAAUGUAUUUUGUUAUAUUUUUUGAAAUAAAUUUGAUAAGAUGUUUUAGGAAGA